CGCCGUCAAGCGUACCCGGCCAAACCCCGCUGCCGCCAGAUGCAUACACAGCGACUGUACCCGGCGGCAUGAAUGAAUGGUGUAUUGCCAUUCGUUUGGUUUUGGAACGAGCAUUUGGUGUGCGGCGAUAUGUUUCGAAUCAGUUCAAACAUUAUAAAGGUUAGACGAGUGCUGGAUGACUUGGAAUAGAAUGAGAACGAUGUGCGCAGCAACUGCCAGGGAAUCCAGCCAACCAACUGGACAAAGAGAACACAAGCUUGUCAUGGUGGGACUGGACAACGCCGACAAGACGACCAUUCUGUACCAGUUUGUGAUGAACGAGGUGGUUCACACGACCGAUCGGAUCGAACGUGGAAGAGGUACGCACGCAGUUUACCAGAUGACCAGUGGCCACUUCGUAACGUGCACCACGCAGCUGUCAAAAGUUCAUAGUCACAACUGGUUGUUUGUUCUUUUAACGCGCCUCGCAGAUCGUGUGGAAGAAUAUCCACUUUUUGGUGUUUGUAACCAAUAGAUUGUAAUGCAAUGCGUGCGUAGUAAUAGUUAGUAAUAUUGUG